CACUGUCAUUAAUCACUUUGUUUAUAUUUUGAUUUUUGUAUGUUAAAGUUUUUAUUAUUUGGUUCUUGUUGUAAGUAAAACAAUGUAAAGAUUCGAACAUGUUGGAAGGGUGGUAUAGUCGAUCUAUUGCCGAUGAGGCCGCAGCAGCCGAGGAGGAAGAGAGAGUUUUGGAAGAAUCAAAAUUUAAAAAAGAAUAUAAAUACCUAAAAAGAAAGUUUCAGAAUUUAAUUUUUGAAAAUGAAUCGUUUCAACAAGCGCUUAGGUUAGCUCAAAAACGUCUCCUUCUUGUGACAAGAGAUAGAACCUUCUUAUUAGACAGACUGCUUAUGCAUGAAAAAGUUGAACAUAGCACCUCAGAAUCUGACGAUACUGAAUCAUCAGAUGAUGGAGAAAUUGCAAAACCAGAACCUUUAAAAAAAAGAAGAGAUGUUAGUUCUCACAGCUCUCAUACAAAUAUACAUCAUGCAAAUUCCGGUAAAGUGUUAUCAAUAGCCAAAAAGAAAAAGCCACCUGUACCUCGACCACCAAAACAACAAAUACCUCAGACAAUGCAGUUACAGAUGCCUCCAAGCAGUAGUGCCUUAUCUGAUGGUCACAUGACUCCAGAAGAAGUAGAACGUCAUCUUCAGGCACAAAGUUUUAUGGAAUUUCUACCAGAAAGGGCACCACCUACUGUUCCAACAGAAAUGUUUAGCAAUGAACCCUCAUUGGAUAGCGAGUCCAAUGAUGUUGGAGAGCUAGAAACUUCACCGAGCAAUAUAGGCGAAGAAAUUAGUAUUGAUAUGAUUGUAGAGUGAUAAUAAAAUGAGUAUUGGAAUUUGUAA